CUGACAAAGUUUGGCUAUCUGCCCCUGCCGGAUCCCAUCACAGGACAGUUGCAGACCCAAGAAGAGCUCACCAAAGCCAUCAUGGUGAUGCAACAGUUUGGAGGCCUUGAAGCCACUGGUAUUCUAGAUGAAGCCACCCUCAAACUGAUGAAGACACCCCGUUGCUCUUUGCCGGAUCUUGUGGAAUCGAAGACGAGGAGGAAACGCUAUGCCCAGGGAGCCACCAAGUGGAACAAGAGGAAUUUAUCCUGGAGAGUUCGAACUUUUCCCAAAGAAUCCCAUCUGGGCCAUGACACAGUUCGCGCCCUCAUGUACUAUGCCUUGAAGGUGUGGAGUGACAUCACGCCACUCAAUUUCCAUGAAGUGGGAGGCAACAAUGCUGACAUCCAGAUCGACUUUUCCAAAACAGAUCACAAUGAUGACUACCCCUUUGAUGGCCCCGGUGGCACGGUGGCACACGCUUUCUUCCCAGGAGAACAUCAUACUGCCGGAGACACUCACUUUGAUGAUGAUGAGUAUUGGACUUUCCGGUCAUCAGAUACUGAUGGAAUGGAUUUGUUUGCUGUGGCGGUCCACGAAUUUGGCCACGCUAUCGGCUUAACCCACAUCUCCGCUACUGAAUCAAUCAUGAGGCCUUACUACCAGGGACCCGUUGGAGACCCCCUGAAAUAUGAUUUGCCUUAUGAAGACAGAGUCCGGAUUUGGCAGCUGUAUGGAGUCAGGGAAUCUGUGUCUCCAACUGCUAAACCUGAAAUAUCGAACGCAGAUGACCAUCCCAUCUUGCCAGACUUUCCUGAGAAUCGCUCCACUGUUCCGUUUAGAAGAGACAUGCCAAAUAGAUGCAGCACGCAUUUUGACGCCGUGGCUCAGAUCCGUGGAGAAGUUUUCUUUUUCAGAGGCAAGUAUUUCUGGAGACUGACUCGCAACAAGCAUCUGGUUUCCCUUCAGCCAGCUCAGAUCCAUCGUUUCUGGAAGGGAUUGCCUCUCAACUUAGACAGUGUGGAUGCUGUGUACGAGAGGACCCAUGACCAUAAGAUUGUGUUCUUCAAAGGAGACCGAUACUGGGUGUUCAAGGACAAUAAUGUUGAAGAAGGCUACCCCCGGCCAAUUUCGGAUUUUGGCUUGCCCCUAGGAGGUAUCGAUGCUGCCUUUUCCUGGGCUCAGAACGACAAGACCUAUUUCUUCAAGGACAAUCUCUACUGGCGCUACGAUGACCACGAGCAGAGAAUGGAUGCAGGUUAUCCUUUAGAAAGCAUGUUGUGGAAAGGCGUUCCCAACCAGUUGGAUGAUGCCACGCACUGGUCAGAUGGGGCCACCUAUUUUUUCAAGGGCAAGGAAUAUUGGAAAGUUGCAGACAACGAUCUGGAGGCCGAAUCGGGUUAUCCGCGUUCUAUUGCAAAAGACUGGCUGGUGUGCAGUGACAUGCAGGCAGAUGCUCCUGAACCAGCUGAGAGCUCCAGGACUGGGGGGCGUUCCAAGCAGGGCUACCAUGAUGAAAGCCGAUCUGAAAGUGAAGUCUGCUCCUGCACGUCGUCAUCUUCUGAACCCCUGCCAUGCACUACCGUCAGACUCUGUGGGGGCCUUGGGUUGGUCACCCUGUGGACAGCGGUGUUGAUGCACGGACCUCUAUGACCGGUGGGGUUGCCUUGGACUGCAGUGAUUCAGGGGUGCAAAAGGGAUGUUGGGAUGGCGCAGACCCAGGUCACCAGUUGUCACAGUAUUAAGGAAGCAGCAUCUAACAUUCCUAGCAAUGUGAUGUGGAAUUAGUUUCAAAUUCUCCAUGAGAAGCAAAGAGCAUUUUUAAUUAUGAUUAUUAUUGUUCUUAUUUCCUUCUGUUGGUUGAAGUUGGUUUGUGGUCCCCCCCCCUUUUUUUUUUUUUUAAGUUAACUUGCUUUAACACCAGACUCUGCAGGUUUCUCAUUUUUCCCCCCUUCGUCUCCUCAUUCCCCGGCAUUUAAACCAUCGGAAAAAUAAAGUUUCUGACUAGCCGUGCA